UCCCGCGCGUGGUGUUUGGAUGGCGGAGCUCCAGGCCGAGUCCAAGCCGCUACUGGGCCGUGCCCGUAGCGGCAGCGGUGACGGCGAUUGCCCUCAGGCGCUGCCCACUUGCCGCAGCGUCCAAGUUGGUCCUGCCGCCGUGGCCAGUCGGGACCUCUGCAUCGACCAGGCUGUGGUGUUCAUUGAAGAUGCUAUGCAGUACCGCUCCAUCUCCCACCGCAUGGACGCCGGCUCGAUGUGGCUCUACCGAUGCUACUACUCGAACGCGUGCCAACGGAUCCUGAGCUUCACCAUUUUCUGCAUCCUGGCCUUGGCCUUUAUUGAGACCCCGUGUUCGCUCACGAAGACUGCCGACGUGCGCUACCGCUCCCUGCGCUGGGAGCCGCCCUGUGGCCUGACCGAGGGCAUCGAGGGGCUGUGCUUGCUGGUCUUCCUGACCGACGUGUCUGUGAAGUGCUUCCUGGUCGGGCGGGCCCAGUUCCAGAGGAAUGUGUGGCUGCUGGCCUACAUCGUGGUGCUGGCUGUGUCUCUUGUGGACUGGACCGUGUCCCUCUGUCUCCUUUGUCAGGAGCGUCUGCGCAUCCGCCGGCUCCUCCGCCCCUUCUUCCUGCUGCAGAACUCCUCCAUGAUGAAGAAGACCUUGAAGUGCAUCCGGUGGUCGCUGCCAGAGAUGGCCAGCGUCGGGCUGCUGCUGGUUGUCCACCUCUGCCUCUUCACCAUAUUUGGGACGUUGCUGUUCACCGUGGGCGAGGAGGAUGAACAUGAGAAAAAGGAGAGGCUGACCUAUUUCCAGAACCUCCUGGACGCCUUCACUUCCCUCUUGGUGCUGCUGACCACGGCCAACAACCCUGACGUGAUGAUCCCUGCGUAUUCGGAGAACCGGGCCUACGCCAUCUUCUUCAUUGGCUUCACCCUGAUAGGGAGCCUGUUCCUGAUGAAUCUGCUGACCGCCAUCAUCUACAACCAGUUCCGGGGCUACCUCAUGAAAUCUCUGCAGACCUCGCUGUUCAGGAGGCGGCUGGGGACCCGUGCUGCCUACGAAGUCCUCUGCUCCAUGACAGGAGUUGGGGUGAUGCCCCAGGACUUCCUGCAGGUGCUUGAGAAAGCCCAGCUGAGCAGUUCCCAAAAGCAGGCCAUCGCGGAGAAGGUGCGCUCCCUUGAUGGUGUGCUGCUGUCAGCUGACGAGUUCCAGAAGAUCUUCAGUGAGGUCGACAGAGGUGUGGUCAGAGAGCACCCGCCGAGGCCCUGCUACCAGUCCCCGUUGCUGCAGAGCGCCCAGUUCCUCUUCAGCCACCGCUACUUUGACUACCUGGGCAACUGCAUCACCCUGGCGAACCUCGUGUCCAUUUGUGUGUUCCUGGUGCUGGAUGAGGACGUGGCCCCCAGUGACCGGGACAACUUUGUCCUAGGGGUGCUCAACUGCGUCUUCAUCAUGUACUACCUGCUGGAGCUGCUGCUCAAGGUCUUCKCCCUGGGCCCGUGGGGCUACCUGUCCUACCCCGAGAACCUGUUCGACGGCCUYGUCACCUUGGCUCUGCUGGUUUUGGAGAUCCUCACGCUGGCUGUGUAUGGGUUCCCCUACCGAGGCUGGAAGCCAGAGAUGCGGGGCCUGCUGUCGCUGUGGGACAUGAUGCGGCUGGUGAACAUCCUCAUCGUGUUCCGCUUCUUGCGCAUCAUCCCCAACAUGAAGCCGAUGGCCGUGGUGGCCAGCACCAUCCUGGGCCUUGUCCAGAACUUGCGGGCAUUUGGCGGCAUCCUGGUGGUGGUGUACUACGUGUUUGCCAUCUUAGGGAUCAACUUGUUCCAAGGUGCCAUCGUGGCUCCUGGCAAUGACAGCCUGGCCCACGACAAUGGCUCAGCGCCCUGUGGCAGCUUCGAGCAGCUGGAGUACUGGGCCAACAACUUUGAUGACUUUGCGGCAGCCCUGAUCACCUUGUGGAACGUGAUGGUGGUGAACAACUGGCAGGUGUUCCUGGAAGCCUACGAGCGCUACGCAGGCCGGUGGUCACUGGUCUACUUUGUGUUGUGGUGGCUGGUGUCAUCCGUCAUCUGGGUCAACCUCUUUUUGGCUCUGCUUUUGGAGAACUUCCUUUACAGGUGGGACCCCCGCAGUCAUGAGCGGCACCUCUCGGGGAUGCAGCUGACCGCAGAGCUCAUAUUCAGGGACAUCCUGGAGGAGCCCAAGGAGGAGGAGCUGAUGCACAGGCUGCGUAACCACCCGCACGUGCGGCUCUGCAGGUGACGCUCUGAUGGCCCCUGGC